GUUUUUAUCAAUCAACUGUAACCUGUUCAUCUAUUACUCAUAUUUGUAGUCAAAACAGAUGAAUUAAAAUAUCAAUACGACUAUUCAACAUCUGUAAAUAAAUCUUGAUCAGAAAUCGAUACCGCGUUUUUUGGCAUGCCAUUUAAGAAUUAAGUGAUAUUUAUAAAGUUUUCCCGUAGAUUAAUAGAAGGACGGGAUUAGGACUGAGAGAAGCAGGAUGGCACAAUUUACUGGAACAUGGCAGAUUGAUAACAGCACAGGAUUUGACGAUUAUAUGAAAGCUAUAGGUGUCCCGGAUGACAGGCGACAGCAGGCCAUGCAGACAUUGGGAGAUUCCUCUAAAAUGACAUAUAAAAUAUCUAACGACGGCAAUGAUUGGACGUUUGGAGUGACAACGUCAGCAGGAUCUAGAGAUAUCAAAUUUACAUUGGGAACAGAAAUAGAUACAACAACUUUAGACGGGAGACCACUUAAGGCUUUGUAUACACUGGAGGGAAACAACCUGACAGAAAAACAAACGGGACCAGAUUUUGAAUCUGUUAAUGUUCGGACUGUUGACGGAGAUACAAUGACUAUGGUGAUGACCGGAAAUGGAGUUAGCUGCACCCGGAAGUACAAGAAAAUUUGAGAUCUGAACUGUUUAAAUGCGCAUAUGUGUAAGAAGCAAAAAAAUGUUGUGCUUGUUUAUUUUGUUACGUAAAUGUGUUUUCGACCAGAAUUAUUUUUAUGACUGUAAUAUUAUACUAGUGUAAAUGUUCUUAUGUUAUUUUAAGUGAGUAUCUGAUUUAUAAAUUAUCUUGUAGUCCAUUAAAGAACAUACGUUAAUUUCUGUCAA